UGGAGAUGGGAGUCAUGUAUGAAUAUAGGGAGAGGAGGACGCCCAAAAACAGAAUCUAAUUUGGGAAAAGUGAAAGGAUAAUAGGAUUACAGAGGACGUGAGACAAUAAUUAUAUCAAGAUAAAAAUGGAUUCCAAGCAAACUAUGCCUAUAAUUACAGAAAACGAAUUGCAGGAGAUGAGAGCCGUCUUCAAGAAUGAAGAUUUUGUAGAAGCUGCCAGAAGUAUUAGACAAUCUCUUGUUGACAUUGAAGAUGUCAUUCUGAAUAUUGCUGUAACCGGAGAAUCGGGAUCUGGAAAGUCCACUUUUAUCAAUGUCAUCCGUGGGGUGGAAGAUGAGGAUAAGGAUGCUGCUAAGACAGGAGUGGUGGAGACCACAGUGGAGCCAACACCUUAUUCACACCCUCAGCAUAAAAAUGUCCACUACUGGGACCUCCCUGGGAUAGGAACUCCAAGCUUUAAUGCAAGGGAUUAUAUGAAAUUAGUUAACUUCAGCCAAUAUGACUUUUUCUUCAUUAUUGCAUCUGAGCGAUUCAAAGAUUGCCACAUCCAACUGGCACAAGCCAUCCACACCAUGGGGAAAAAGUUUUACUUUUUGAGGUCAAAAAUUGACUCAGACUUGAAUGCGUCCAGAACACGGAGGAGAAACAGCUACAAUGAGGAGAACAUCUUGAAAGACAUUCGCAAUAGAUGUAUCCAAGGACUUCAUGAAGGAGGCAUCAAACAGCCGCAAGUGUUUCUACUCUCCUGCCUGGAACUAGACAAAUAUGACUUCUACAACAUGCAGAAGACUCUGGAGAGUGAGCUUCCAAGCCAAAAGAGACACGUGUUUUUGCUCUCCCUACCCAAUAUUUAUAAGCAGGCUCUGGAGAAGAAAAAGGAUGCACUUAGGAAUCAAAUCUGGAAAUGGGCCUCAGGCUAUGCUAUUUCCAGCCUGUGUGCUAGGGGUGAUAUCGCCACCUUGGUAAAUACUAUGACCGAAUUCAAGGAAGCUUUUGGAUUGGAUGAAAGAUCCCUUGAAAAAUUAGCAAAGACGUUUGGCAAAGAGCUCAGUGAUUUGAAGUCUGUGAUCAGAUCCCCGCUGGUCCAUCAGCAAAUGAUUUGUGAGCAUGACAUUAACCGAGAGUUGUUGUCACAGGACAAGGCAGCCAUAAUACUAAUGCUGAAGAAAUAUGUGGCUAGUUUAGUGCCAGUGAUAGCCAGCAUGGCAGAUGUGGGCAUUGCCUUUGGGACUGCUUAUUGGAUGCUCUGCAGCUUCCUGACAGAUGUCGCAGAUGAUGCAGCAAGGGUGCUCUCAAAGGCUUUAGAGAGUUCUGCCUAAACCAGAAAUAGACUUUUUACUCUGGUCACAAUUUAUAGGGCAUCCAUGAUGAUCUCAAGAAGCAUAUUACUGGGUGACUGUGCACAGGGGCAAACACAGGAUUUAUUGCGGGGGUUCAUAUAAAUAGAUAGAUAGAUAGAUAGAUAGAUAGAUAGAUAGAUAGAUAGAUAGAUAGAUAUUGCCAGGGUGCUCUCACCGGGCCAAUGGACCCCUUGAUAUAUAUUCCAAAGCACAGAGGCACUCCCGGACUUCAAAGUAAGUGAAACAAUGCAGUGAUUUAAUUCAAAGUUUCGGGGUACUGCCCCCCGUCAUCAGGACACACACACAUCAACCAGUGUAAAACAUAAAGUGCUUAAAUACACACACUUACAGGUCUCCAGAUCGUUCUGCAGCCUCUGCCAAAGUCAAAAAUAUUACAUAAAGAGAACAUACAAACUACACAUACAUAAGUCACUAUACUUGCAAAUAUGCGCAGCGAGCACAGCAAUAUAUGGUAACACACGCAUUUACACGGACAUGCCACAGAGAUGGAUUCGACACUUAUUUCAUACAGUACAUAAUUAUAAUAAUAUCAAGCGCCAGACAUCAUGAUAAUUUAAAAUUAUCUAAUGAAUUAAUGUCAUGAAUGUGUAUUAUUUGAACAGAGCAAGAUAGACCUGUCAUAUUUACUAUUAAAACAACCAGCUAAAUGUGUAGAUUAAUUUGAUACUUGUUAUGAAGUUGUGGGACAUUGGAGCGAAUAGUUAUGAUUACAUGUAUAAAAGCUAAAAUCACUUUUAUUAGAACAAUAGAUGUUCCAGGCUGGUAGAGGACAGGAAACUCAGGCCAGCCCUUUGGAUGUCUUCAAGGCUGAACCUGAUCAGCAUAUGCAAAGAAACUGGUGACUCAUCGUGAACCCCUCCCCCAGAAACUAGAUAACAUAUUGAUUACACUGGAGCUCACUUGCUUUUUGGUCUCAGAGGAUGAUGGAGGAGUUGCUGGCAGUUCAGUUCCUGUAUUUAUUUACAGAGAGAGGGAGACAUAAGCUGGAUUGGAGGGAAUGGUAAUUGUAUGGCUGGCAUGUAACUGAAAUUGUAUGUAAUUUAUGUAACUGUAUGUUUUUAACUGCUUACUGUGUGAGUGUAACCAUGUAACUAUAGGUAUACUGUACUUUGUAAUAUAUAUUGAAUCCAUAUCCUUUUUAAUAACAAAUAUAUACAUCAAUGAGCUUUGGAACUCAGAUAAUGUGUGGGUGUAUUGUUUAAU